CCGUUGGGGUGGCCGGGAGAAGAGGGCCGGCCAGAGGUGACGCCGUGGCGGCGGAGGUGCGGGGCUCCGCGGCACUCCGGGCGGUGGAUGGCGGCGGGAUGGAGCCCGAGGGGAGCGGCGGCGGCGGCGGCAGCGGCGGCGGGUCGGCCGGGCUCAUGCAGCAGAUCCUCAGCCUGAAGCUCGUGCCGCGGGUGGGCAAUGGGACCCUGUGCCCCAACUCCACUUCGCUCUGCUCCUUCCCAGAGAUGUGGUACGGUGUGUUCCUGUGGGCACUUGUGUCUUCUGUCUUCUUUCAUGUCCCUGCUGGAUUACUGGCCCUCUUCACCCUCAGACAUCACAAAUAUGGUAGGUUCAUGUCUGUAAGCAUCCUGUUGAUGGGCAUCGUGGGACCAAUUACUGCUGGAAUCUUGACAAGUGCAGCAAUUGCUGGGGUUUACCGAGCUGCAGGGAAGGAGAUGAUCCCGUUUGAAGCCCUCACUCUUGGCACUGGACAGACGUUCUGUGUAGUGGUGGUCUCUUUUUUACGGGUUUUAGCUACUCUAUAGCAUAUGCCCUUUCACUGGGAUGUCAUACCUGCGUUUUAUAGACUCGUCAAAAGGCAGAGGUGGUGUCCUGGUUUCUUCAUUCCUCAAAUGGAAACGACUUGGAGGCAGGAGAAUGUGAAGAACACCACAGCUCUUCCUUCACUUAGAAGCUCCAGCAAUUGAAGACCCCUGUGGGCACCUCUCAUUCUCAGCCAAAGCAAACUCCUCGGCUUUUUUUUCUUUUGGCUAUUUAAGUUUUACAUGCAUAUCUUCACCUAAGCCAACAAUGCCUCAAGUUUGCAUCUUUCGAACAAGAAUUUGCAUCAUUAUUUGCAGAAAUGCAACAUUGCUGUUUCACAGAAACAAUGGAAAGUGCUGUUUAAUUUCAAGGAAGCAGGCUGCACUGUACUAAAAGCUUAUCUUGUGAGGGUAAAGCCGAGUUGGCUUGGGGUGAGAACAGUUUGAGAACAAACUGGUGGAAUGUAACGGGAAGAAGAACUGAAGUAUAAUUCAAAGUAACAGCUUUGGUUCCACUGUCAAAAGGAGGUGACUACUGAGAAUGUGACACUUUGUGGAUAACUAUCUUGACCUCUGAUUAUUUAAUAUAUUUUAAGAGAUGUGAAUUUAUCAUUUGAUCAAAAUAAGCUAGCUAGCUGAGAUUUCUUUUUCUUUUCUUUCUUCUUUCUUUUUUUCCUUUUUAAGAUGUGAGGACUUGCUCUGUUGCCCAGGCUAGCCCAAACUCCUGGGCUCAAGUGAUCCUCCUGCCUCAGCCUCCUGAGUAGCUGGGACUAUAGGCAUCACUGUCAUGCUUAAUUGAGGCUCUUUUUCCAAAGAAUCGCCAUGAUAUCUUUACCUGUCACCUUUAAUGCUGCUCAUUUUAUUUACUUUUUCUAGAAACAUGCAGACUUUCUUAAGUUGAAGUUCAAAACCAGACAGGUUAGAUACUCUUGGGACAUUCAGGCACAAGUAAGACACUUGCAGGAUUCUGUUAUAGUUUUUUUUUUUCCUAAUUUAAGUGUAUGUGAUGACUCCAAAACUUGUGGAGUACUGCUGAAAUGAGUUAGUGGUUAUUGGUUUCCUUCUGUGUUUACCUAGCAAUGGCUCUUCGGCCCACUUCAGCAGUAUUUGAGUGUCAACUCCCAGAAAGUGCCUAAAACUUCCUCUUAUUCAAGAGAAUUUAUAUCCUUAAGGAGAUAGUUUUUAACUUUAUUUUAGCUAUUUUAAUUUUUUACUCUACUGCCUAACUUUGUUUUUCAUUAAAAAGACCUGUGACCUGUGACCUUCAGAAGGGAAAGGGAUGUAAAAAAGUAUGAGCCUUUCAUCAUUUUAACGGUGUUGUAUAAAGUACAAUGUUCUUGUUGUUACCUGUUCUCAAAGUAGCCUCUGGUAUUUAACUCUCACAUUUUAAAAGGAGAAUGUUCUUUGUGAGAUUAAGACUGACAACCUCUGAGGGCAUAAAUUUAUCUUAAAGCAAUAUGCUUUCAGCUUCUGGUUAGAAAUAGCCAGGAGGGGACCAGCAAGAUGGUUCAGCAGGUGAAGGUGCUUUCCUCUAACCUGAGUUUGAUUCUUGGGACCCACAUGGUGGAAGGAGAGAACCAACUUCUGCAAGUUGUCCUCUGACCUCCAUAUGCUGUUCACAUGUAAGAAUGAAUGAAUGAAUAAAUAAAUAAAUGUAAUAAAAAUUUGAAUAGCCAAGAGAACCUCUGUGGACACUUGCACUUAUGUGCACAUAUUCCCUGUCCCCACAUACACAUAAAUUUUACAAUAAGGUAAAAUAGCCAAGAGGGUCAAUUGUUCCAGGAAUUGCCGGGGGAGGGGGAAUUGCAGGGGUGACCACAAAAACCAGUCGGCUUUCCUUUAGACCACUACUUGUUAAAACUGAAGUAACAGGUCGGAUUUGGUGGGCAGUUGAAGUGCAGAUAAAGGGCCCUUAAUAUUCCCCAGAAAUACGAGCAAUCUUUCUUUUGACAAAAGAUUUCCAUUUUCAGUCUCAGGGGCUGUGGAUUGGGAAAACAUCCUUUCAGUUGGAAAGCUAGACGUUGUCCUCUGCAUUCUGGGAAAUGACCACACCGUUUAUGGCAGAGCACUGUAGAGUGCUCACUGAACAUUCUUUGGGAUGUAAUUUCACACCCUAAGCACAUAGUUGAAUCGGUGAUGGCUGUUCUCCCUACAUAAUAACUUCUGAACAUAUUCAACCAUGAUUAAAAUGUUAGGUCUUUGUGUUUACAGCCAAGACACAAAAGUUAGGGCAUUUUGAAGGACGUUUUUGUUUCCACCUGUUUCUUGUUUAUGUUUUAUCUGCUCUUAAAAAAUAAAGAACUUGAACUGUAAAAUGUAUCUUCAAAUUACUGAGUAUUUCAUCUAUCCCAAUGUGUGUCAAGCAUUCUUUUGUGAAUAAGUGUAUAUAGACUCUAUAGACUGAGCUUUGUAAAGGCUUGAUAUGUCUUCAUUUGAAUGGUAAAGCAAGAAUGCUUUCCACUUUGAUCCCUGUUCCUCAUCUUCCUCUUUUCGCUGGUCUCAAAUGCAGAUUUACUUGCCAUGAUUUCUGUAGAAUACAUCACCUUAUACAAUUUCUUCAGGAGGUGUCUCCCACUAAGGACUUUGUUGGACCCUGAUUCCUGCAUUUAUAUUUCCACUUCUCACCCCCUCUUUUUAAAUUCUGAGAUGGAGGGGUAACCCCCAACCAAAAAGCUGAUCUCUUGAUUCCUUAGUGAAUUGUGGGAUAAAAAUUAAGUUUGUGUCCAAAAGUGUAAUGAUUAUUAUGUGAGCAAGAUGUGUCUCUGGGCUGUUAACUUCCUUUGGAGUAAGACACUCCUUAGGAAAUGCUGGCACUAGUGAGAAGCAGUUCUGCAAAUACUGGUGUCCUUCCUGUGUCCUGUAGGUUUCUAAGUUGUAUGUUGGCUUUUGAUUCCAAUGUCCUUCUGACCGCCCCGUUUUUUCGUUAAGUUCCUGUGACACGCCAACCUUCCCCAAGGGACUGUUUCCUGGAAUGUGAAGCCCUGGUGUCGUUAGUGGCCCACAUGCAGAAGGGUUUGUGAACUUGUAUUUCUUUCUGUGUACUAUGUAAGGCUGGUUAUGACCAAAAUCAGCUCAACUUUUUAUAUUAGGUUAUUGCACUUAACUGCUAUAGUCCAAGCGAUCAAAUCUUUGUACAUUAGAAACUUAUUUAAAUUUUAUUUUUCUACUGACAUUUCUAAUGCUAGUAUGUUUAUCAAUAAAGAAUUACUUUAAA